AUCGGGUUUACAUUGCGGGUAUUAUCAUUACAUUUUAAUAAAGGUUUUGGAAUUUAGAUUUUAUUUUGAAAUGGAGCAUGUAUGGUUAUGAGAACAUGGGAACUACAACAAGUGCCCCGCGAAAAUUGCCUUCGAAAGGUAAUCAGACUAUAAGGCCAGGACCAGACGGUAAACGCAGCGGAAGUAAAACUGUAAAGUUUGAGCAGGCGCCGAGAAAACAACUCCCAUAUCGAGAUUAUAAAAGGGGCCGGCCUCGACCUACCAAGAGACGAGUCCGGAAUUUGCCAGAAGCAGGUGACAUUAACCCGUGGAUGGAAACACUCCCUGCUAACCAUUCUUUCAGCCCACUUACCAAAGAUCAAACGACACUAAGAAGUGAAUCAUUAUUACUAACCGUAAGACGUUGUCUGUGAAUAGUGCCACCAAGCGUUAUGUUCGGAUACAAUGGAGUGAUUCGUGCUAAAAUAAAGGCCGAAAUAUUAAUAUGGCAAUCUUAAAAUGUGGUAUUGAUUGUGGAAUCUGUGAACACCAGCGUUGUCAGGAUAUGCAACGUGCGUGUUAUGUUAAGUGUUAGUUACUUCAUGUACAGCCAUAAACUACGGAAUCCUAUCAGGGCCAUCGCAAUCCUCCCCCUAGUCUAUUGAAAAUAAUCAAGAAAAAUACGCGAUAUAUUUUAGCUAGAAAUUCGCAUUUCUUUCAAUUUGUACAGUAUUUUAUGAAGUUAAACUUUAGAUAGUCAAUGAAAAAAGAUGCGUUGAAGCAACAAUAAAGAUCACGUUUUUUUCUGUACACACAGCCUAAUUAAAAAGAUGCGCCAAAGUAAUUGUCAAACGCGCUUCUUUUUUCAAUUUGUACAGUACUUUCUUUAGUAAAACCUGGAAGAAAGGUUGACUGUAGUUAAUAUUGCGUUUUUUUCUCCUUUUCGAAAAAGAUGCACCGAAAUAAAUGUCAAAUAUCGCAUUUUUUUAUCGAAUUUCAAAUGAAAAUACAAUAGUUUUCAUAAACAUAGUACUACAAAAUUUAAAUAAAAGAAUGUGAAAAUGUAACAAACAAAUGUCGUGGUUAUGUUGAACAUGUUUUUAGGCAAUUAUUUCUACAGGUUUGUGUGAAAAUAUUAUAUACGAGAUGUUUUUUCCGACGUCGUGCUCCGGUGUCGUUUAUGUACUGUAUUAAUUCCAGUGUUAUUUGUAAACCAUUUGAUGUAACUUUAAUUUGUUUUCUGUAUUAUAUUUUAUUGAU